GUUGCCAUUCAUUCAUUGCAAUUGACUUGACAAGCUGCAUCGUGAAACGAUUUUAGGUUAUAUUUAUAGAUUUAAUUUGUUUCUUAUAUUGAAAUGACGACUAUUAGGCCUUUUACAUGCGAAGAUAUGUUAAAAUUUAACAACGUAAAUCUAGACCCUCUUACAGAAACCUACGGAUUAUCUUUUUAUACUCAGUAUCUUGCACACUGGCCUGAAUAUUUCCAAGUUGCAGAAGCACCAAGUGGAGAGAUAAUGGGAUAUAUAAUGGGAAAAGCGGAAGGUCAUGGUGAAAAUUGGCAUGGACAUGUUACAGCAUUAACAGUAAGUCCAGAUUAUAGAAGAUUAGGACUUGCUGCUACACUAAUGAACAUUUUGGAAGAUGUAUCAGAAAAGAAAAAGGCUUAUUUCGUGGAUCUAUUCGUAAGAGUGAGCAAUAAAGUGGCAAUCAACAUGUAUAAAAACUUGGGGUACAUUGUGUAUCGAACUGUUUUAGAAUAUUAUUCAGGUGACCCAGAUGAAGAUGCUUAUGAUAUGAGAAAAGCAUGUUCCAGAGAUGUUGCUAAGAAGUCAGUCAUACCACUCUCUCACCCAGUGCGGCCUGAAGAUGUGGACUGAAGAAAUAUGUUUGGUUCCUAUUAUAAAUAAAGACAUGUUUUUCCUGUAAUAAGAUUGAAACUAAGUACACUUUUAUUGAUUGAAAAAAAUAAAAAUAUUUAUUCAUCAUUUA